GUCAGAUAAUAUUUUUAUUGACAAAUCUCUCAUUCCAAUUGGUAUCAGUGAAGUGGAGUGUCAGUAGAAACAGUAAUUCUAUCUAGAAGCGGCUAGAAGUGUGUGGUUUUUGUUCGAAGUGGAGUUAGAAGGACAGAAUAAUUCGGAAUCGAAUGAUUCAAUUUGACAUCGAGAGUGUCAGACUUCAAGGCAGUGUUUAUAGUUUAUAUAUGGCUGUCAUAAUAGUGGUUGAAUAAUGUGCGUGAACGUUAUUUGUUGUUAUAAGUGACCAGAGACUAUGUAAAAAUAUAAAAAAAUGGGUGCAAAAGACUCGAAAAGGGCUUGCCUAAGCUACGAGGAUGCCGUCAAGCGAAUGUCGGAUGCAGAGCUCAAACGAGUAUCUGAAGCCUUCAAACGCCUGACCAAUGGAGUGACGCUCCUUAGUCAAGCCGCAUUUGCUCAACAUGUCUUAGGCGAAGGAGUGCCCCCUCCUAUUGUAGAAAAGCUCUAUACAGCCUGUGGAGGCGGAGCUCGAGGAAUAGCUUUGCGCGAUCUGAUUUGCGGUCUGGUACUGCUGACCAAAGGCUCUCAAGAUGAGAAAAUCAAAUUUCUGUGGAGUCUCUAUUGCAACGACUCCGGUACGCAUAUUACUCGCAGCGAGUUCCAAAUGGCCCUUCAAGUGGAGGGAACGUUGCCGCCCCCGGAUGGGGGCACUUCCAAGCCCAAUACGAACUGGGAUCGAAUGUUGCUCUCCCUAUUUGGCAAUGGCCAGGACAAGGUUGGAUUCGAGGAUUUCAAGGCGUGGAUCAAGUAUAAUAGAGAUCAGACCAUUUUAUCGAACUGGCUUCUGUCCAACACAUGCGUGUCACUCAGCUCGGAAGUGGAGACUCCAACGUUCUACCAAACUUUAGCGGGAGUCACCCACUUGGAAGAGCAGGAUAUUUGCGAAUUGGAAAAGUGCUUCUGGUCGAUACAGAGUUCUUCAAUUACCGGCCAUUUGGAUUUCAAUUGCUUGCUUUCUUUGGUGUGUCCUCCGGUUCCGGCCAAAGCUUGUCCCGGAUUGUUCUUGGCUUUGGACGUUAACAGGGAUGCACAUAUCGAUUUCAAGGAACUGUGUUGUGGAAUAUCGGCAGCCUGCCGAGGGCCCAUGGCCGAACGAAUGAAAUUUUGUUUCAAAAUAUUCGACAUGGAUCGAGACUUGUACCUAAAUUCGGAGGAAUUGGAGAGCAUGAAGCAAACAUUGCAGUUCAUCGCAAACGAGAACAAACUGACUUUUAGCUCGCAGUUUUACCUGGAACAGCCGAGCACUAAUCUAGAGUUGGAUGCCAGCCAUUGCAAAGCAUUGGAAUCUCUUUAUAAGAAGUUGGACGAUAAAAAUGGACUCACCCAGGAGGAUUUUCUGAUGUGGGCAGUCGAAGACAACAGUUUGGUUGCACCUUUGUUGGAGUUGUUGUUUCAAGUGUGCCAUGUGUCUUUAGGAUUAAAGCCUCACUGCAGGCACAACGAAUAUGAGAUUGUAAUGGGUUGGCUGGGGCGUGAAGAACGUCGCGGAUACCGCGAAGGGCAGUUUUGGUACCUUAUAGCUUCAGAUUGGUGGCAGCAGUGGCAAAACUACACUUCAGCGCCCAGAACCAACUUGGAUCAUUGCCAAUGCCGCACUGAGCCCAGAGGAAUUGUGGAAGAAGGAAUCGUCUGCGAUGAGAGCCUUGUGAGCAACGCCACCGACUACCCUUUGCAUAGCAAUGAAUUCCAUUCCAACAGCAUGGAAUCUAUGGGGGAUUUGCUGAGCAGAGGAGACAGUUGUAGCAUCGCGUCCAGUUCUGGUGUUUCCAGUAGUUCGGGCACGGCGUCCAAGCGCGGUUUAGCCCCGCCUGGCCCCAUUGACAACAGCAGUUUGGUUUCGGAUUGCACCCUGAAAGUCCAAACGUUAACCGGCGAGGGCGGGCGCUUGAAAAGGAACACUCCGCUUGCUCAGCAUCAUGAUUUCGAAUUGGUGCCCGAUUCGCUGUGGAAGGCGCUAGCGAUGUGGUAUGGUGGUCCUCUGCCGCUCCCUCGACAGGUGAUUGAUCCGCCAGGACGUUCGGAAGUCGAACUUGAGCUGUAUCCUCUCAAUCUGCGAAUAUUGAGGCAUCAAGUUCAGCAGCCGAUUAACAACCCGUCCACAUGGAGCAGUGUGGUCGGCGGUUACCACGAUCCCUGUUCGAUACGCCGGAAAAUCGCAUCCUCUGUAGUAGACGUUUGCUUCAACAGCCUUAGCAAAUUACACGAAAAUUCAGUUAAGGCAUUAAUCAGUUACCUAAGUUAUGGGGCCUUGACCACGGCAGGUUUGCCACCCUCGUCGCCAUCGGCUUGCAUUCGUCGCAAUUUAGCCCAUGUGGCCGCAUUUUCGCGUUUAGCCACCAUACAGCAGGUGACUGACUUUCUAUGCGAACGUUUAGGAAUCAAAAACGAAGACGCCCGCCUGUGGUUGCUCAGAGACCAUCAGCAGCCGUUUUUACUCGAAGACGAACGGGCCCAUUUGCAAGAUUUAGGCAUCAAAGAUGCUGAUCAAAUCCUUUUGGAAGUGCGCAACAAAGACUUAACGUGGCCCGAGGAACUCGGCCAAUUAGCAGCCGGCGGCAGCAACGAGACAACGCUGGCUGAACGGCGACCGACUAUUUAUUUACCGCCAGGCGCCACUGGAUUGCACAACCUGGGCAAUACGUGUUUCAUGAACGCGGCGCUCCAAGCAGUCUCCAACACUCGACCAUUAACCAUGUACUUUCAGCAGGACAAUCAGCUUUCUGAACUGAACUCAAAUAAUCCGGAUAGUACCAAAGGAGCUGUUGCGAAAAAAUACGCCGAGCUUUGUCGGGAGCUGUGGGCAGGCUCGACUCGAAGUGUGGCCCCAUUGAAAAUUCGAGUUUGCGUUACGAAGUACGCACAGCAUCUGAGCGGAGGAGGCCAACACGACGCUCAAGAACUGCUGGCUUGGUUAUUGGACGCUCUUCAUGAAGAUCUAAAUCGGGUGCCUAAAAAGCAAUAUAUCGAGCAAAAGGACAGCGAUGGCAGGCCGGAUGAAGUGGUGGCGGACGAAGCCUGGCAAUAUCACCUAAAACGGGAAAAUUCUAUUGUUACUGAUCUAUUCCACGGGCAGUUAAAAAGCAAGGUGACUUGCAAAACCUGCGGACACGAAUCGGUCAAAUUCGACCCGUUCAAUCAUCUGAGCCUGCCGCUGCCUAUGGAAAGUUACACGCUAUGCGAGGUGUUGGUGGUGCGCCUGAACGGCCACAGUCCGAUCAAAUACGGGUUGAGGCUCAAUUCUGAGGCAAAAUACGGCGACCUGAAAGAGCAAUUGAGCCAGCUGUGUGAAGUGGAGGACCACCGCUUGUUGCUGGCUGAAGUGGCAUGCUGCCAGAUCCGGUCUUUGCUGCCGGACGAAAAUCGAAUCAAUCCCAACACCGCGUUGGAAUUGUACGCUUACGAAUUGCCAGCGGAUUUCAGGAAAUCGGAUCUGGAGGGAGAGCAAGGCGAGACUGAUGAAGGAGAUGUUGAUACUGAAGCCUCAACAGGCGCGACUGACAGCCCCCUGGCUCGCAGCCCAGAGGUAAGGAGUGGUUCGGCCAUAUGCAUGCCCAACAUUCUAUGCUUUAAGACAAAGCGAACUCCAUCCCUUAGUAAGGCCAUUCCGUUCAAAAGGUCUACAAUCUCUAUCCAGUCCAAUCAGUCAUCCUACUCAGCGCCCUUUGAUGCGUCGAUGUUGAGAAAACCGCCCUCCUACCUGAUAGCGGUUCAUCGCAAGUGUGUCAGACAGGAUACCUACUUUUUGUCUCAACAAAAAAGCAAACCCAGCCUGUUUGGGAUGCCGCUGCUUCUGGGCUGCUCCUCCAGCAGCACUUGCAGAGAUCUGUACGACUUGGUUUGGGAGCAAGUCACCCGGUUAUUGAGUCCUAUGCCUCAGAGCGAUCAGACCAACCAUGCUACAGACUGUGAUGAUUCGUUGGGCUAUGAGUUUCCCUUUACUCUAAAGGCGGUAUUAGCUGGAGGCCAAAUUUGUGCCAUUUGCCAUUGGACGAAGUUCUGCAGAGGAUGUCCGCUGCCCUGCACAGAUGAUCCACUGUUUCAUAAAUGCGGCGGCCCGGUCAAUGGACAAGCCAUGCAUAUUGCCAUAGAUUGGGACCCAACUGCUCUACAUUUGCGCUACCAAACUAGCAGGGAAAAGCUGUGGACUGAAGACGAAUCGGUGGCCAGAUGCCGGAAAUUGCACACGGAACCGAUAGAUCUGGACUACUGUCUGAAAGCCUUCACUUCCGAGGAAAAUUUGCAGGAGAAGUACCACUGCAGUCGCUGUAAGGAUAAGCAGCCGGCUACGAAGAAGUUGCAAAUUUGGAGGUUGCCUCCCAUUCUGAUUAUCCAUCUGAAGCGGUUUGACUGCGUCAAUACUAAAUGGGUGAAAACUCAAAAAGUGGUAAACUUCCCGUUCAAAGACUUCAACCCUACCGCAUAUCUUGCCUCUGUGCCCCAAGAGACUAUUUUGAGACAUCGUCAGAUUUUGGACGAGAAAAGACGAAAGGAGGAAGAUGAAGAGAAUCGGCAUGAUGAUAAAAUAUUGGAAGAUGUGAGUGAGGCGUCUAGUUCAAGCCCACGUAUCUCAACGGAUGAAACCGGCCAACUCCCAAAUAGCAUCGAUGCAGCAGCAAAUAGUCUCAAUAUAAGCCAAUGUGAUAUACCUAGUAAUAAUAAUCAAUCGGCUGAUCGCCCAGUGAGCAAUAAGCAAUGCGAGGAUAGCGAUCGAUCGAAUGGAGUGUCAUGUAAAGGGGAGCAAUGUAAGCUGCUUCAAUGCGGAAAGGAGGGAAGUGAUGGAUGUGUUUCAGUUGGAACUUGCCAAGGAAAAGACGAAGUCGAUAGAGUGGCCGCGAGCACUCCAAAACAAAGACCAGAGCGCACAAAUAAAGUUCGAUCGAGAUUGAUUUCAACCAGCCUGAUAAAAACGCCAAUAAUCGAUGAAAACCUGAAGGACUACCACGAACACAAGUUGCUGGAAGGACAGGAUCCCUUCGAUUUAAAGUAUCAACUAUACGCAGUAGUGAGCCAUUCGGGAAUGCUCAAUGGGGGCCACUACAUAUCUUAUGCGUGCAACCCCAAUGGCAACUGGUACUGUUACAACGAUAGUUCCUGUCGCGAAGUUAUCACCGAGCCGGACGUAUCUCGAUCCAGACUGUCUGUAAGCAGCAAGAAUUCGUCUGGAUGCACCCCGCUGAGCAGGCGAAGGAACAUUCAAGGGUGUCAACCGCAGAGAAAAGGCAGCACUGGAUCAACCGAUUCCGACAGAACGGCGCCUCUAGCAACAAUGGACACAUCGAUUGCAUCUUCAGCAAGUGCUUUGGAUAGUGGAAAUGCUUCAGACAGUUGUGAACGAUCUUCGGUAACAGGAGGAAGCAAACCCACGAAUUCGCCGUGCCCGAGCCGAUUGUCGACCAGCGGCAGCACCAAUAGCGUAAACAGCAACAGCAACGGUUUCAAAUGCCCGUACAACAACGCAAAGAUCCCGAGAAUCGACACGAGUUCCGCCUACAUUCUAUUCUAUGAACGUUCCGGACUGGAUUACAAGCCGUACCUGCCCAAAGUCGUUCCUUCCGGGAACGGCAACAGCCAACAGUCGGCUGUAGACGAUGCUGAUGACUGCGACAGUGACCUACGUAAGCAGAGUUGUUCCAUUCAGUAAUGUGCUUGAUGUGAGCCUGGAAGGUCUUUGCCUGAACGUUCUCCUGUGUUGAAGUGGAUUCGGGACAAGUUUUCUACAUAACGACGCAUGAAAACGCCCAAGCAACUUUUCUCAAUAGACUGAUUCUACGAUAAAUUUUUCCAGCAACAUUUGUUACUUUUCUAAAGCAAUCUUAAGUGCUGAGCUUAAAAUCGAAGGAAACCCCCAGGGUUUUAGUGAUUUGCAUUUAUAUAACCGGAUUUGGUGCGCAAAUUUGUAGCCGCUGGAACGCAAUACUGUGCCAUUCAGUCUUAUUUGUAUUGGAACUUUGUCUGAUAUUCGGUGGAAAGUUUUCCAUAUCCGCCAUGAUUGUGUAGGUCUGAUUCAAGGAUCUAUGAUGUACAAAAAGCAUUCCACGUAACGUCGUGUAUUUUUCUUUCUUCGUCGACUUUUUUUUAAAGAUAUCCACCAAUACUCUUAGCCCAAUUUUAGCUCGUAGAUAUCUCGUUAAACCUUCAUAGUUUACUUGGAAUACGUAACUGUAUCAUUUGUUGAUUUGAUUUGAAAAAAUGCAGCGGAAAGUCGAUUCAUUAAGUAAUCGUUGGUUUCGGCUCUUCCUCAAGCGACGUUCCGCUGUAGAUUUGUUAUACCAAUGUUUUAUUCUCGUGUGCCCAAAUAGUAAUUUUAAUAUUUUCCUUAGAAUUAAUUUAUUUACUUGGUUGCGUUAGUUUUAACUUUGUUAGAUAUUAUACUCAGAUGUCUGUUAAAUCGAAACGAUUCACGGUGGUGUUAGGGAUGUUUUGCACUUUACUUUAGAAAAGUAGAGGCAUUAUCGCAGACAGACGCAUUGCCUCAGACGUAUUUUUUCCUUGGCAAAUUUAUAAUACAGGUCUUUUAGUUUAGGUGAACCAAAGAUAUAUUACUUGUAAAAUCAAUCAAGAAACAUGUUCUCCUAGUGUGCUGUGGUAAAAAUUAUAAAUAUUCCAACUAGUCUGAUAUUUUCUUUAGUUAAGAUAUUUUAUUUUCGCACGCUGGUCGAAAGAACAUAUUAAUUAUUCCAUUAAGGUUAGUUGUGUUAUUGUAAUAUUAUCGGUGCCAUUAUAAUAUAAAUAAAGCUUGUAUAUUGUUA